AUGGCCACCCCUGGACCCCGCAUCGACCUCGCGCCCGCCCAGCCGACGGCCCCUGCCGUGGCCGGCGGCGGGGCCGGCGCGGCGGCGGCGGCGGCUGCGUCGGCCGCGGCGGCAGGAGGAGAGGCGUCCAAGGAUACUGGGGACGGCGAACGGCUGGUGAAGCUGCCUCCCGGCCAUGAGUUGGUGCAGGUGGCCCCUGGACUGUACGCCCUGCGCCAGGUCAGCGCUGCCACGCAGGCGAACGCCACAGCCGUGCCGCCACCGCCGCCGCCGCCGCCGCCGCCGCCGCAGCAGCAGCAGCAGCAGCCAGCCGCCGUCCCCCCGCAGCCGCAGGAGCAGGCCCCGGUCCUGCUGCCGCAGCUGCAGCAGGUGCUGCAGCUACAGGAGGCUGCGGGGGGCCGCCGCGAGGCGCAGCAGAUCGCCGCGGUCCAGGCGCAGCACCAGGCGCACAUCUACCAGACGCAGCAGCAGCGCCCCAGCGCCAUGCGGGACCCCCUGCUCUGCCAGGCGCAGUCGCGGCUGCGCAUGGCGUUCACGCCGGCCGGCGGCGGCGGCGGCGGCGGCGCGCUCGCGUCGGCGGACCGCUCGUCUUCUGGCGGGUCUUCUGCUGCGUCGGACCCCGCGACUCGCGCCGCGCUCGGCGGCAGCGCGCUGCCCACCGCAGGUCACAGCCACAGCAACGCUCGUGGCGCGGCGGGCGCGGCGGCGGCGGCUCCCAAGGCCGCCGCGCCUGGGGGCAAGCGCGCGUCGUCCCAGCGCUUCAGGGAGCGCCAGAAGGAGCUCAUUCAUGAGCUGGAGCACGAGGUCACCUCCAAGCUGGAGCAGAUGCAGCUGCUGGCCCAAGAGAACGAGAUGCUCAAGCUCAGGAGCAGCGUGCUUGAGCGAGCGGUGGAGGGCAGGGAGGAGCAGAUUGACAUCAUCAAGAACUUCGGCAUGAUCUGGCCCGAGCGUCCCGAUUGCUCGAACGGCGGCGCGUCCGAGGACGCGCCCAUGUGCUGCGCGGGCGGCCCCCGCGCGAGCAGCAGCCCGAGCGGCGGCGCCGCCCCCGAACCGUCCGCCGGCAGCGGCAGCCUGGAUGCUUCCGAUGACGUCAUGUCCUCAUGGCAGCGGCAGCAGCUGCAGCGGCCCGCGCAGGACGCGGCGGCGGCGGCGGGGUCGGCGGGCGCGGCGGGCGGGGCGCCGCGGGAGGACUGGUGGAACGAGCCGGUGCCUACGAUAGAGGACAUAAAGAAGAUGACCCCUGAAGAUGCAAAGCUGAGGUGGCGCAAGUUCCUGCAUCACGCGUCGAGGGAGCUGAUGGCGCUCCAGAGGGAGGAGGAGGAGGCGGGGGUGUCACUAGACACGCUGGCCGCCGCGGAGGCCGCGAAUGCAGGGCGCCCCGGCCGCACAGCCGAGCACGCGCCGGGCGCGGCGUGGGGCGGCGCGGCGGGCGCGGCGGGUGGGGAGCCUUUGCAGGACGGCGGCGGUAGCGGCGGCGGGAGCGGCGACGGCAGCGGCGGCCCGCAGGGGCCUUACCCCAAAUACUACAAUCGGCGGCCGCUGCCGCAGGGCACGCCCAACAGCACCGCGGUGGACGACGUUUUGGCGUUCCACGAGCUCUACUCCUCCAUCGCCAGCAGGGUGUUGGCGGAGCGCGCGGUGCUGCAGCAGCGGCUUGGCGCGGCCGGCACGGGCGAGCAGCCCCUGAUGCAGCUGCGCAACACCACUCUGGCGAUGCAAACAGCAGAGGCGCUGGCCAACAACAUCAAGAAGGAGCACGCCCUCAGCCUGCUGUUGGACGCGUUCAUUUACGCCCGCUGCCUCACGCCGGUGCAGCUGGCGCGCAUGUCGGUCUUCUCCUACCCCCUGCUCCCAGACGCGGCGAGCGUCACGCACGUCAUCUGCGAGGACGCGCAGGCGUUGAACCCCGGCGGCCCCCGCCGCCGCGUCUUCGCGCACCACUCGGAGCAGCAGCGCGCCAACGCGAUGCAGGCGGCGCAGGCGCGGAUCGCCGCCCUCGCGGCGGGCAACGGUAUCAGCGGGCUGUCGAACCGCGGGGGCGGCGCGGGCGUCGACGAGCUGCUGGGCUUGCAGGCGCUGGCGGCAGGCUUGCCGGCGCCCCUGCCGGGCCACGGCGAGGCGGCCGCGGUGCUGCAGGCGCAACGGUAG